CUUGACUGGCGGCUACUCGGCCACACCCAGCUAGGGUGGAGGCCUCGUGCCACGGCCGUCUUGGUGGUGGUCAGGAAAGGGGACCCCCGACCCGGAAGACAAUGGGGAUGCAGCGCGUGUGGCCUCCUUCCGGCGUGGCUCCCGCUGGUCACUACCAAGAGCUGGUCCUGAAGAAGCUGCCUGACAAUCGCGAGUCCGGGGAGGCCGUGCGCGGGCCGAGUGGCCGUGGCCCUGGGUUCGUGGAGGGGAUGCACGUUGGCUUUCCUCGACCCGGUGGGGUCGCCGUUUCCUUCUGUCUGCUGCGAACUGAGCGAGCGGGGCUCCCCGUGGAGCGCGCCGCGCAGACGGACACCUCAGGCCCCAGGGCCGGGGCCGCAGGAGCCGCCCCAACGCCCUCCCCUGCUGUCUGCCUUCCCGGAAGCCCGGGCACGGCGACUUCACCCUCGCGCUCCUUCUACCUUUGCGCCUGCGCCCUGAUGGCGCCCGUGCGGCCGCACGUGGCCUGCACGCCUCCCGUGCCAGACGCCCAGCUGCAUUUAGCCUCUGUAUCUUCUCAAUGACCAGCCUGGAAAUCUUGCAGCAGUGUCCCCGCGCCCUUCCCUUGGAGCUGUCCUGGGAUGCUUUUCAGGGAUAAAGCACAGCCUGCUGCCUCUAUCUGGCAUCCCUUGGGAUUCAUGGCCUUUAUCAUCAUCCCAAAAUAGACCUACAGCACAAAACCCUGGCCUCUUGCGUUUCAACUUCUCCUCCUGGAGCUCUGAGCCCUGCCUGGAGCACGACAAAGAGGGCAUUCAGGGCCUUCGGUCAUGGCAGCAGGAGCCUGGUUGCUCACUGCCCUCAGUGUGGAUGGAUCCCUUGGGAGAGCCCGGCCUGUUUUUCAGUCUGAAGUGGAAUUAGUAAAGUGUGGGCUGAAAGAACCCCUGCAUCCCGCUCAGGACAGAGUCCACAACGAUGAUGGUGUCGCCGGCGAGCUGGGAAGCCCAGAUGGUGCAGUCGCUGGGCUUUGCCAUCUACCGCGCGCUGGACUGGGGUCUGGACGCCAGCGAGGAGCGGGAGCUCAGCCCACAGCUGGAGCGGCUCAUCGACCUUAUGGCCAACAGCGACUGUGACGACGGCGGCUGCGGGGCGGCCGACGAGGGCUACGGGGGCCCCGAGGAGGAGGAGGAGGCCGAGGGCGGCCCCCGCGCCGUGCGCACGUUCGCCCAGGCCAUGCGGCUGUGCGCGGCGCGCCUGACCGACCCCCGAGGGGCGCACACCCACUAUCAGGCUGUGUGCCGCGCGCUCUUUGUGGAGACGCUGGAGCUGCGCGCCUUCCUGGCCAGGGUGCGGGAGGCCAAGGAGAUGUUGCAGAAGCUUCGGGAAGAUGAGCCACAGGCAGAGAAGUCCCUGGCGGAGCUUGACAACCUGGGACACACUGACUGGGCCCGACUCUGGGUCCAGCUCAUGCGGGAGCUGCGCCACGGAGUGAAACUCAAGAAAGUGCAGGAACAGGAGUUCAACCCGCUGCCCACCGAGUUCCAGCUCACCCCCUUCGAGAUGCUGAUGCAGGACAUCCGAGCCAGGAACUACAAGCUGCGCAAGGUCAUGGUGGACGGAGACAUCCCUCCCAGGGUGAAGAAGGAUGCCCACGAGCUCAUCCUGGACUUCAUCCGCUCCCGGCCUCCGCUGAAACAGGUCUCGGAGAGAAGGCUCCGCCCUUUGCCCCAGAAGCAGAGGACCCUGCACGAGAGGAUUCUGGAGGAGAUCAAGCAGGAGCGGAGGCUGCGCCCAGUGGGGGGUGAGCACUGCGCCCCCCGGAGUCAACGUGGGUUCGGCUCUCUGCCCUGCAUCCUCGAUGCGUGCUCCGGAGACAUCAAGUCCGCUUCCUGCAUCAACCUGUCCAGCCCGGAUGCUGGGAGUAACGCCCAGCACCCACGGCCCCGGGUCCUGCUCAAGGCGCCCACCUUGGCAGAGAUGGAGGAGAUGAACACAUCUGAGGAGGAAGAGUCGCCGUGUGGGGAGGUGACGCUGAGGCGGGACCACUCCCUGUCAGAGCACGACCUGGUCCAGCUGCGGAGCGAGGUGGCUGCUGGCCUGCAGCCAGCCACUCAGCCCCCAGGAGGGCUGGGGCCGCCGCGGCCCCGUGCGGGCAGUGCGUGCGCCUGGAGGCCGAGCACCCAGGAGCAGGGUCCCUUCCCUGUGAGCAUCCGAGCUCAGCCUGACCCCAGUUCCCCGCAACGCAGCAACCUGGGCUCAGCAGAGGACAGGCCGGACACCCACCACCUGUGGCUGGAGUUCAGUCACCCCGUGGAGAGCCUCGCUCUGACUGUGGAGGAGGUGAUUGGCGUGCGCCGUGUGCUGGUGAAGGCCGAGAUGGAGAAGUUCCUGCAGAACAAGGAGCUCUUCAGCAGCCUAAAGAAGGGGAAGAUCUGUUGCUGCUGUCGAGCCAAGUUCCCACUGUUCUCCUGGCCGCCCUCCUGUCUCUUCUGUAAGAGAGCUGUCUGUGCUUCCUGCAGCAUGAAGAUGAAGAUGCCUUCUAAGAAGUUUGCACACAUCCCUGUCUACACACUGGGCUUUGAGAGUCUUCAGAGGGUGUCAACUGCCAAAACCACAUCGGCACAGAAAAAAGACACCUUCCAAUCCCUGCAGGGGCCCCAGUGGCAGAGUGUGGAGGAGGCAUUCCCACACAUCUACACCCAUGGCUGUCUCCUGAAGGAUGUCUGCAGCGACUGCACUAGCUUUGUGGCGGAUGUGGUGUGCUCCAGCCGCAAGAGUGUGGACGCCUUUAACACACCUCGACGUGCCCGCCAGACCCAGUCCCUGUACCUCCCUCAUACCUGGACUCUCGACUUCAAGUGAAGGCCCUUGACUACUCUGGGCCACCUGGGCAGUGGCUUUUCAAGGUGGCCAGGCCUCCAGGGAGGAGCCAGGCCAGUUCUGAAGCAGGCCAAGAAACUGCCCAUCUUGGGGUGCAGCUGCCAGCCGGCCCUCUUGUGCAUGUACAUAUAUACAUAUACAGACACAUUUAUAUAAUAUAUACACACAGCCUAUAUAUUUAUAUACCUGCUUCCUGGCCCCAGAGUUCAUUUGGGGUCAGGCUAACUCCAGGACCCUCCCUGGGGGAGGCUGUUUCCUCUGGGGAUCCCCUGGGUGGGGCAAGGGAUGGAAUGGGAAUGUUUUUUCACUCAGAUAGGAUGUAGGGCAGGUUGGAGGUAGGGCACAGGAUUCGAGAGACACCUCCACUCCCGCCACCCAUGUUUGUUCUCUUCUCCAUCACAAGGAUGAAAUCAUGGCAGCUUCCCCUCCCUGGGUGGAUGUCCAGGCUGGAACGGGCACCUUGGCCCAGGUGGACAGGAGCAUCCAGCUUGCCCCUGCACUCAGCAGAGACGUGGGCUGCAGCAACACCUGGUAGCCUCUGAGUGGGUAGAGACCCUCCUGGUGUGUCCACCAGGCAUCCCUUCCAAUUGGAGGGUCUGAGGCUAAGCAUGCUCCUGGCCCUCUACCCAGCAUCCAUGCCCUAGCUGUCUGCGGUACUUCUGUCCUCCUCACUCAAGAGGUCCAGGAAUGGUGCUGCUCUGAGAGCUGUGGCAAUGCCGGGUCCCAGCACCGGGAGCACCUCUGAGAUCUGUACCACAGCCACCCUUGGCCUAAUAAAGGUGAUCUCAGUCUUC